AUGUUGAAAUCGACUAUACAUCAUGUAACAAGUGUUAUAUAACCACAAUCAACAUCACGAGGAAAAAAAGUAACAAUUACAGUAUCAUCACGGCCAACACUUGGGAAACCACCUAAACCUAAUUACCAAAUUAUGGAAUAUAAAGAACCUCUUAUCGAUACGAACGAAGAAGAAAACAUAGAGAUGGCUUCAAAACGAGCAACUGCAUAUAAUGCAUCAACAGAAUGCAAAGUAAGUCGUAUAGUGUUUAUGGGUGCUGGUUUAGUAUUGGCACGGCAUUAUCCUAAUGUUAACUCAAUACAAAUGCUAAGCCAGCACCUUUAG